AGAAAAGUAGCCAAUCCGAAGCUGAGAAAAAUUAAUCAAUAUACAUCACAUGUCAUGUUAACUCAAGGUCACUGCAUGACUGAAAGAUAAUUACACAAAAAAGAUUUUGAUCAUAAAUUGAACUAUUGACUAGCUGAUAAGUUCAAUUUUUCAAAAAUAAAUCUAUUACACAAUUUAAUUAUAAAUUUUGAUCAAAUCUUAUAUUCAUAUAUAUUAUGGCAUCAAUAGAAGACUGGCCAAUAGUUGUAGAUAAUGGUGCUGGACAUUUAAAAGCUGGUUAUGCUGGUGAUGGAGGACCAAGAAUUCUUAUCCCUAUGCUAACUGGAAGGCCAACAAAAUGUUCAAAAUAUACAGAUUGGUUUGUUGGUGAAUAUGCAAAUGCUUUACGUAAUGAAUUAAUUCUUAGUUGUCCUAUUACAAAUGGAAUUGUAACAGAUAUUGAUGAAUUAUCGUUAGUAUGGUAUUAUAUGUUUAUGAAAGAAUUACGUACAAAUCCAGAGAAUCAUCCUGUUCUUAUCACGGAAUAUCCUUUAUUACCUAAAUUUAAUCGUGAAAAAUUAGCUGAAAUGGUUUUUGAAAAAUUUCAUAUGCCUGGUUUAUACUUUACAGAUCAAUCUGCAUUAGCUUUAUAUGCUUAUGGAUUAACAUCAGGUAUAGUUGUUGAUAUAGGCACAGAAAUGUCAAAUAUUGUCCCUAUUGAUAAUACUAUUAUGCUAUCGAAUGAAAUUCGACGUCAACAUUAUGGUGGAUCACAUAUAACUGAAGUAUUACGAUAUAUGUUAACUGAAACACAUCCAACUGCUACAACAUCAAUAUCACGUGAUUUUGCACGUAGUUUAAAAGAGAAAUUUUGCUUCAUAUCAAUGAAUACAGAAAAUGAAUUGAAACAUUUAAAUUCUUCAUCAAAUAAACAAAAUAUUCAUUAUACACCAGAUGGACAUGUAAUAAAUUUAACUAAAGAAAAAUUUAUGGCACCAGAACUAUUAUUUUAUCCAAGACAAGCUGGUCUUAAUGGUACAAUUGGACUACAAAAUAUUAUCAAUGAUUCAAUUCAAAAAUGUCCUUAUCAAUUACAAUCAACAUUAUAUUCAAAUAUUGUUUUAAGUGGUGGAAGUACAUUAUUUCCUGGAUUUGUUCAACGUUUAGAAUAUGAAUUGAAACAGUUAAAUUCAUCAAUUAAUCAAUCUAUUCAUGUACAUAAUAAACAAAAUGAUCAAAAAUAUGCUGUAUGGAUUGGUGGUUCAAUUUUAGCUUCAUUAAGUUCAUUUCAUAAAAUUUAUAUACAAAGGAAAGAAUAUGAUGAAGUUGGUCUAUCUAUUGUACACACAAGAUAGAAAAAAAUCAAUAAUAUAUCUGCAGAUCAUAUAUAUAUAUAUAUAUGUUAUUGAUUUUUUUCAAAAUUUGAAUUUUCGCACAUAACAGGUGGGCAAGUUAACUUGCCUCUAAACUUGUUAGAAAGUAAAAUAGGCAAAUGAAUAAAUACAGAUGAAGUAAGAUAGAAAAUUGAACUAUCAUAAUGGUAAUAUGCAUUUUACAUAUUCAUUAUUAAUUAGUUAAAAAAUAAAUAAAUAAAUAAAUUAUUUAUUCAUAUAAAUUGUAUACUUUACAAAUAAUCAUUCAUUUAUAUACAUAUGAUAUAAUUGAUAUUACAAGCAUUGAAAUGAUUAUUCAAAUAUUAUUUUCUUCAUAUAAAAUAAAUAUAGACAAAAAAAACAACAUUCAUCUUACAGAUUUUGUAUAAAAAAACAAAAUGAUAACAGCAAUAACAUUAUUUCCUUAAUUAAAUCAUGAUGAUGAUGAUGAUAAAUUCAUUGUAAAUUUAUUUUUUUAUAAAAAAAAUUAAUAUUUAAUCAAUAAAAAAAUGUUUUGGUAAGUUG